AUGAGCGAUCCAACUCCUAACGGCAUUUCUCCACCAGCUUCUCCUGGAAUGGAUGAAGAAUCCGAUACUUCCAUCAAGAUGGCAGUCCAGAUUGGAGUUCACAAUGCUUUAAGUGGUUUGGAGGAGCGUCUCGCCAACGCUAUCGCUACUGAAGUCGCUACUCAACUCAAGAAACCUACACUACCAAGAUAUAAUACUACACCAAAGCCACUAUUACUGCCAUGA